UACAUCUCCCAGAUCUCUCAACAUUAUUUAUACAAAAAAAAAAACAACUUUAUUCCUGCAAUAGUUUUUUUGGUUUAUAAUAACAAAUCCUCUUUCAAUAUAAUCUUUAUAUAUACAUAUACUUUCGUGCCUUGAAAAUUUCUUCCUCAUCUUCUUUGGUCUUUUCUUGUCAUUUGGCAUAACCAAAGAGUCAAGCACAUUCAAACAUUCUCAAGCCCUAAAACCCAAAAAAAACUUAUAUGCUCUUGUUCUUGUUCUUCUUCUCCCCUCUACAAAUUAAACCCUAAUUAACUAUCUCUUUUGUUUGUAUACUGUUCUAAACCUCCUGAUCAUCUUCUUGUUUUCUUGCAAGAUUUCAUAAAAAAACAAAACCCAGCUGUUUUUGUUCUUGUUCUUUAGCUCCGAUCCGUUUCAACUUAAAUCACAGAUAUGCAGAUGAUUCCAGGAGAUCCAUUUUCUAUUUCAUCCUCCAUGGGAGGGUUUGUUCAUCAAGAAACACACCUUCAUCAUCCUCAGCAGCAGAUCCCUGACCUCAACCCUAAUUCUAACCCUAACCCAAAUGUGAAACCAAACUCUUCAUCAGCCAAGAAGAAGAGAAAUCAACCUGGCACUCCAGAUCCAGAUGCUGAUGUCAUCGCUCUAUCGCCAACAACACUCAUGGCAACAAACAGAUUCGUGUGCGAGAUCUGCAACAAAGGGUUUCAAAGGGACCAAAACUUACAACUCCAUCGCCGUGGCCACAAUCUUCCAUGGAAGCUGAAGCAACGAUCCAAACAAGAGGUGAUAAAAAAGAAAGUAUACAUAUGCCCUAUCAAGACUUGUGUACACCAUGAUGCUUCUAGGGCCCUUGGAGACCUCACUGGGAUCAAGAAACACUAUAGCCGCAAACACGGUGAAAAGAAGUGGAAGUGCGAAAAGUGUUCUAAGAAAUACGCUGUUCAGUCUGAUUGGAAGGCACAUGCGAAAACUUGUGGUACUCGCGAGUAUAAAUGUGACUGUGGCACGUUGUUCUCCAGGAAAGAUAGUUUCAUCACACAUAGAGCGUUCUGCGACGCAUUGACUGAAGAAGGUGCGAGGAUGAGUUCACUAAGUAAUAACAAUCCUGUGAUCUCUACGACGAAUCUGAAUUUUGGAAACGAUUCAAAUGUUAUGAAUAAUCCAAAUCUUCCUCAUGGAUUUGUUCACCGAGGAGUUCAUCAUCCCGACAUUAAUGCUGCUAUCUCUCAAUUCGGUUUAGGGUUUGGACAUGACCUAAGUGCAAUGCAUGCGCAAGGUCUAUCCGAGAUGGUUCAAAUGGCCUCCACCGGCAACCACCACCCCUUCCCGUCGUCAUCAUCAUCCCUCCCUGAUUUCUCCGGCCACCACCAAUUCCAAAUUCCAACGACUUCCACAAACCCUAAUCUCACCUUAUCAUCAUCCUCAACAUCACAACAAACCUCAGCUUCUCUACAACACCAAACCCUAAAAGACUCAUCUUUCUCACCACUCUUCUCCUCUUCCUCCGAAAACAAACAAAACAAGCCUCUCUCUCCAAUGUCUGCAACAGCUCUCUUACAAAAAGCUGCACAAAUGGGCUCUACUCGAAGCAAUUCCACCACCGCUCCGUCCUUCUUCGCAGGCCCAACAAUGACAUCAUCCUCAGCCACCGCUUCUCCUCCUCCUCCUCCUAGAUCGUCUUCACCAAUGAUGAUCCAACAACAACUAAACAACUUCAACACCAAUGUCUCAAGAGAGAAUCCCAAUCUUGCUCCCCCUCCUCUUAGUGGUGUCACCACUAGUAGUGUGGAUAAUAAUCCCUUUCAAUCGAACCGGUCGGGUCUAAACCUGGUUCAACAAAUGGGUCUAACCCGGGAUUUUCUUGGAGUGAGCAACGAGCAUCACCCUCACCAAACGGGUCGUCGUCCCUUUUUGCCUCAAGAACUCGCAAGGUUUGCUCCAUUGGGUUGAUUAUGUGUUUAAUUAAAUACUGUGUAUGGGCCGGGGGACAAGAUUUUGGGUUUAAUUAGGAUUGGAAGUUCCUUUGAGGAGACAAGUCUAAUUAAGAACCGUACCCCCUUGUGAAGCGGUCGGAAUGUGGGGACAAAGGUUGACAAGACAUCAUCAUAUCAAUUUACAUUGAAUGUUAUGUACUUUUACUAUGUUUUUGAUUAUCGCCAGUCACAUAAUAUAUACCAUGACAUGCAUGGAUAUGUAUUUCCGACGUUGUCGUUUUGUAAAUGUUAAUUUUUUUUUCGUUUUUGUAAUGAGAUAUUCAAAAAUCUGGUCGGUAUUAUCUUCAGGCUUU